AUGGCCGCUAAGUGUUGUGUCCUGAUCGCCGUUCUGGCUGUCUUCGGUGCGGUGGCAUGUGCCGAAACGAGCAAGCAGGAAUCGGACCUGAUUGGUCUGAUCAACGAGAUUGAUAACGAGCCACGGUUCUCGCUGUUUGGUGGACUGGCUGUGGAGCGAUCUGAGGAUUAUGCGGCGCGGGCUUAUUCCGCAGGACGCUCGAGCGAGGAUCUUGUCGACCGCACCGUCCGUUAUCUUGGCUCGCACACGCUCAAGUUCAAUGUGCCGUCGGACGAAACCACCGUUGAAGAGGCUCGUAGCAGCCGCCUGAAGAAAAUGAUGCUGCCUCUGCUGUUGGCCAUGAAGUUGAAGAUGGCCGUUGUCCUGCCGAUCCUGCUGGCCAUCGUGAAGUUCAUCUCGCUGAAGGGUCUGAUUGCCGGUUUGAUGGCUCUGAAGUUCUCCAUCUUCACCGUGCUGAAGGAUCUGUUCCAGAAGAAGCAGGAGCGUGUGACCACCGCCUACAUCACCAGCGCUCAGCCCGUGAACGCCGAGAUCGUCCACCAGGACUGGAACCGCAACGGACAGGCCGCAGCCCACGAGAUCGCCUACGGUGCUUACCCAUACCAGACUCUGGCCUAG